UUCCCCUCUGCUUUCCCCUCUGCCUUUGCUCUAAGAGCCAUCAGGGUCUCUGCUCCCGUGGUGAGAAGCUGCUCCUCUCUGGGGUGCCAGUCCCUCCUCUGGCCCUGCGUGUGCUGCAUCUCCCCUUCCUGCAAACCCCCCUAUACACAGGCUGCAAACUGCACUGGCACCCCUGGAUGUGUCCUCUGUUGAGGCACCAAGGCUUCGAGAGAAGCAGAACUGCUUCACCAACUCUAAAUACAGGGAGAGGUUUCCAAGGUAUUGAUUUUGGCUCUGCUCGAGGCAGGCAGCUCCCUUGGUCUUCUCUGCUGGCAAAUAUUUGUCAUUUCCAACUCCUUGGCUGGUCAAGACCAACAGAACUUGUUUGGGAAGCUGCAGCACUUUGCAUUCAUUGUUUACAGGGUUUCAGAGGAGCACUUGGUGCUUGGCCAGGGCCCAGCCCUCGGUGGCUGUGGACAGGCUGAGCAGAGUGGCUCGGCCACGAGGAUGAGCAUACCUGUCUGAGCAGCUCCCCGCUGAAUCAGCUCAGCAAAGAGCAGCCAGAGCCUCAGCCUCCCCUUGCAGUGCCACUGCAGGCUGAGGCAGGGCAGGUUGAGGAGCUCCCGUGACAUUUUCUGCCCCAAUCGUUUCAGAGAAUCUUUUAGUUCAGAUUUAGUUCCUUUAGUCCCCUUCCUCUGCAUCCCAGCGAGCUGGCAGCCGCUUCGUGCCGGUUGUCAGCCCUGUGCUCUUUGAUGUUCCCCUGGUUUGCUUUUUUUCCCACUGUCCAGCUUCUCUAGAAACCCCAAGCUGUGGUUAUGUGGCCAGACAAGUACAAGCCCAGGUCUGGAGCCUGUGAGCAAAGGGGAAGGAAGCCAAAUGGGCAGUGAGGGAGGAACUGAAAUUCCUGUAAAUUGCCCCUGGCCUGGCACAGAUGAGAGCGGCACAGGUUCUCCCAGCCAGUGAGUCACAGGCACAGCCCUGCAGGAGCUGCAGGCUUUGGCUCCGAGGCGUGGAGGGCAGGGGUUGUGCUUCCCAACUCCCCUUCGGCUGGAUCACACGGCAGCAGCCCUUGGUGUGGAGGAUGUGCUGCCCCACAUCCCGGGCACGCCACGAGCAGGGGUCAGGCACGGGCUCGGCCUCUGCACCGGUCAGGGCUGCGAGCCCCAGGCUUCCCCGGAGAGGAGAUAGCGAUGGGGACAGGCAGGCUGCACCUGGCCGUCCUCCCUGGGCUCAUCGUGCUGUCCUUGUCCCCGGCAGAGCGCUGCAGCGGGGCUGCGGGGGUGUUCAUGGAGCCUCAGCUCCGAGCUAGGGCUGGAGACUCUGUGCUGCUGCCGUGCCUCUUCCUAGACCCCGAGAGCAGGGGAUGGACCCUGCACAAAGUGGACUGGCUGCACAAGGCAGGAGCCGGCGCUCAGGAGGAGACGGUGUUUUUUUACUACAGCAACUACGCCGUCCCCGCGGGCCGCUUCAAGAAGCGGGUGCAGUGGCGGGGGAACAUCUCCCGCUGGGACGGCUCCAUCCUGCUGCAGGACCUGAGCGUCCACGACAGCGGCACCUACGAGUGCCAGCUGCGGCUGCUGCAGAACAGCAGCGUCUUCAAGAGCCGGACUGUGCUGCUCGUCAGCCCGGCCCCGAGAGGACGAGAAGCAGCGGCUGCCGAGGAUGCCGCACAGCCCCCGAGAGACUCCGGGUUCUGGCCGGCCGUGGUGGGCUGUGGCUGCGUGGCCGUGGUGGUGGCGUUCCUGGCCGGGCUCUGCGUGAGGAAGAGGUUUGCAACCAUCACAGCCCUGGAGAGAAUGGGGAACAGCAGCAGCAAGAACAAAGCAGAGGAAGCGAUUUACUCCUCAAUCCCUGGAGCUGAGGUACCCAAGGCUGAGCAGGAAGCAAAGAAGAAGAGGAGAGCUGAGGACACGUACAUAACCAUGCACCCCUCUCACGGCCGCGACAACGGCGUCUAUGUGGAGCUGGCCAAGAGGGCGAUCCCGACGGAAUGGAUGGCAGAGGGGACACAGGGAGAUGGGCAGAGCCAGGAGCCCCACAGCAGGUCAGGGGAGGCACUCCCCCGACCUCCAGAGCAGCAGAAAUAGCUGUGCUGCGGGAUGGCAGCCCCUUGUCCAGGUGUGUCCGAAACACCUUUGUCCCUCUGAGGACUGAGAACCGGUGACAUGUCACUGUGUGCCCUGUGCCAGGGCACUGCUGGGGCACAGCCCACCCCAGCUGUCUGCAGGGGACCAGGGGACACCGGUCCCUCCGGCUCUUGCCCUCUGGACUCUGGAGGGAGUGGGCACAGCCUCAGGCUCCAGCUUUGGUCCUGGCCCAGGAUGAGGAUCUCCAAGGGGGGAGAUGCAGCGGGAGCCGUCAUGGUAUUUUUCUGUAGAUAAUAAAACUCAGGGAGUCUUCCAUCA